AUGGCCGUCACUCAACGAGUCUCCCUCUCCCCUACUUCUGGUUUCUGCGUCAAAUCCACCGCACUCAACUCCGUCUCCUGCCCUCUUCCUUCAUCCUCUUCCUCCGAUGUGUCUUCGCCAACUGCAAUCAACAUAACCAACGGUCUCAAGGUCUUCGUCAACAUCGCCUGGGACUCGAAUGUCCCGCCUCCCCCGGAAGGCAGCGAUGCCGCCAUAGAGCGCGCCAUGGCUGCACAAGCUGCCCUCGACCCCGAUCAGGCUGCCGAAUGGUUUGUCCCAGUCAUAGUAACAGAGCCUCGAUCGGACAUCGACAAAGCCGGCAAACCCUCUGUCGUGUUUGACUGCAUAUUUAACUCUGCUCUCAAGUCGCGUGCUCUUCGCUCGACCGAGUUCAAGACGCUCCUCAUCGAACUCGCCUUCCAGCGAAUCGAGGCCCAGUACUCUGUCCUCCUUUCGCGCCAAAUCGGGACGCCCAACAUCGCGUCCAAGGGUAGACUUAAGCCCCGCUCCGUCCUCAUUCCCAUCUCGCUCUACAAGAACGCUCCCUCCGAUGCCAGACAGGUCGGGAAACCACUGAUAGAAGAACUUCCACCGUCGGCUGCUUCAUCCUCCGCCACGAAGCCCUCCCCGCCUAAAGGCAUUCUCAAGACCGCAUCCAAGACGUCAUCCCAGACACGCGUUCAGUCCGACCCUGCACCGUCAGUCGGUACAAGUGUCCCAGAGCUGAACUGGUCCCGAACAGACGACGGUCGCCUACGCAUCUCGUUAUCUGUACCCCGCCUCACACGAGCCUCGUUACCCGAAACGACCCUGGACCUCGAGCCCCGCCGUCUGAUCUUCGCCGCUCCUCGACCUGUCCCUUACACUCUUGAUCUAGACCUUUCGCAGCCUGAUGCCACCAUCCAGAAAGUGUUUACCGAUGCGAACAGUCAGGAGAGCGCGAGGGCAGCUCUAAGCCUGAAGCGAGAACGUGCCCUGGACGUCGAUGGGGCGCGGGCAGAGUGGCAGAUUGCCGAAGGCAAGCUCGUAAUAUACGCAUAGGCAUGCGUCAGAGACUACGCGUGCGGAUGCAUAAUUUGUCGUACAUCUCGUACUUAUCCUAAGCCGCCUGCACAAAGCGGCACUGGC